GGGGAAGAAGGAACAGUUGAAUACUCGAACUCUCUUCUUUGCAACUUUGGGGAAUCUUUGGGAACUAAAACCAAAUUCCCGCUUCUGAUUUUCAAACAACAGGGACUUCCCAUGAUGUCUCUUAAAUUCAACUGCGUUUGCUGCGACUACAUACAUCACUUACAUCACUUACAUCACUUACAUCACAUAGUAGCAUAAGGGAAAGAAGUGAAGUUCCGAGAAACAUCACAAUCGCAUUCAUAUUCAUUAUUCACAUUUUACAUUGAUUGAGCCUGUUUUUUUUUUUUUGGUCGGGUCUUGUCUUGUCUUGAUUGAUUAAUUGAUGAACUAAGGUAGUCAAGGCCAAGCAAGCUAGUUCGCCAUAUCUUUUUUUAUCUUCCUUCUUUUUUUUUCCUAGAGACGAAAGAGAGAAACGAAACGAAACAAAACAGAUCAAAGAUAAGAGAGAGAGAGAGAGAGAGAGACAAUAAACAAGUGAGACAAAUAGACGAGACACACGAAGAGCUGCUGUGACACCUGCCAGUCAUAAGGUCCAGCUUCAUAGGCUCGAUACCAACUGAAAUACCUCCAGGGCUACAUACCUUCUAACCUACCUAACCCUACCCAGGGACUAGGUAGUGUAUACACUUGAUAGGCUCGGCUUUUUGUAAGCCACUCGUAUUUGGGGGUUCCUGUUUUAUAUCUGAGAGUUGCACGUUUCAUUAUUUUAGAAAGCAACAGCCUCAUUCCCUUAACCAUGUUUGGGGGAUUAUCCACCUUUGCCCCGGUUCAACCCAUCGGCCCGCCGCCAAAGAACGUGCCCCCUCCUACUCCCAUCAACUUACCGCGAUGCAAUCCUCAACUAUCAGAUUCAUCAGCUCGGGAGUCUCCGCCAUCUGUUGUUCAACUUCUACAAGGACUUCAUCGUGCUACCGACCUCAAUGAGUCUCACUUAGCCGCGCUUGGUAUACAAGUACAUACCGAUGCUCCGGCCGAGGAUGUUGUCCCUCAUCCAUCUUACUUGCCCCCACUCUCCGGGUGGGAUGGUAUGACCUUAGACGAUGCGCGCCGAAAAGAUGAAACUUUUCGUCGCAAGCUUGUACAUGGAGGCCUCUCUCCUGAAGCUCGUGUCUAUAUGGAGCGCCGCGCCGAACUCUCUGUGGCAAACCAGGCUGCCUUUCGCACCGUUCGCCGCCUCAAGCCCGAGCCAGGAAAGCAGCCACCCCGACUAGGAAAUUGCUAUGAAUUCUUCAAGCAGAUGGAAAUGAUGGCCGCUUUCUGGGAUGACACCUCGCUUCCACCCCUCUCCAGUGACAACCUGGACGAAUCACCGGCAGCACCACCUCCUUCCACAGAUGCGGGUUCCGAGCAACCUACCACUGGACCUACCACCGGUGCAGCUCCCGAGUCCAACGCUCGUUCUGAACCAGAGUCGGAUGCUAAAGAAAAAGAGCCCGAGCGCGUCACAUACCGCUCCGAUGUCGGCUCCAAUAUGCCACCUGAGUUCCGCCAUAACAUGAUAUCGGCUUUCAUCAAGCUGGUUUCCUACGAUUUUGGCUGCAACGUGGUUCCACCCAGAGUCGAGCCGCGCUUGCAACUUCUUUCACCCCCACGUAAAAAGAGUCCAAAGUCCAGGGCCUUCGCCUCUCAGGUAGCGUCUUACUUCCCAUGCGGAUGCGUAUUUUUGUGUAAGAUGCCUGUCACCCGGGAAGCCGCCCGUGCGGGUGUUGUAGAAGGUCCCAUAGCGGCGGUGUCGGCACGUAAUAUAACCAGUUUCUCCACUCCAGAAGAGGCCAAUGUAGACUUUGGACGGGAGCUAAUCGCCGCUCUGAUUACGGCACAGCAUCGCGCCCGCGAAGGUCAGCCCGAGAAACGGUUCGGUGAGGGAAAAUGGUGGGCCACGGAAAAGAGGUGGGGUGGAGGCGAGGGCGGUCCCAUAGGACGGGAAGUUGACGGUGAUGGCAUCGUGGGCGACAAGGAUGUCGUCCAGUCUCCUUCUGAGGAUGGCACUGGCAGCAGUGGUAGCUCCCGGAAACCCCCAUCGGUGCAAAAGCUAGGCCCGACUUCCCCCUCUCAGGAAAAACCGGGUAGACCCAUGCCUAUUCCCAUGCGCGGACAGCCCUUGAGCAAGAAGCCCCGAAAAAACAUGAGCAUUUACGAUAAUUACCGCAUGAUACGCCUGCCGAUGACCAACUGGGACAAGAAGACCAAGUUUGAGGCCAUCGGCAAGGUCAAGGGCGCCGAUUACGACGACGUUUUCGUCAUGAGUAGUCUAUUCCAUCAUCUCAGCAUACUGAGAGUUCGCGUGCCGACGCGCCUUCUCUCUGUUCUUGGUGGUGAGCCAGAGGACCAGGAUAAGCCGCGGAGUUGGGGCAAGUUGGAGAUCUGGCGCAGCAAGUGGCACGACUUGUUCCUUGUCGAGGAGCGGCUCGAGGCUGUGCGCCUCCUGUGGGGUAUCAUGACUUGGGCUAUGCGGAAGGAUGAUGAUGAGGGGAAUGGGAAGGACACUGCCGGUGCCACUGGGGAUGUCCUGAUGAAGGAUGUCUAAAGGCCGAUUGCUCUGACUUGGGUGGGGUCUUUGAUUGGGAUAGAGGAUCGCCCACGGGUAUCUGGAUGGACGGUACCUAAUAACUGCGGCCUCCGUCAGUUGUUUAUGGGGUGGGAAAUACAGGGGUAAACGGCUAGCUAGGUAGCUAUCCACCCUCUCUUUGGAUCUCUGGAUCUCGAUGAGGGAUCUAGAUUAACUAGGUUUCCGUAGUAAGUCAGUAGGCUUCACUCAUGCGAAUGAAUACUGAACUUACUUGGAUAUAUGAAUCAAGAAUACGAAUGAGUAAUGAGUAAUGAGACCAAUCUCCCUUCUACCUUCUUUUCCCUAGGUCUUGGGCCUUUUGAGUCUUGUGAGUAUACCUAAUAUGCAUGAUGGUUUGCAUG